AUUUGAAUGGUUAAGACUUUGUCAGGUGCAUACAUAUCUGAAUCACGCCUUACAUUUUCCUCUCAUUUUAACCAGAGCCAUACAAGUGUGAGGAUUCAAUUCAGCAACUGAAGUAUUGAGAUUGUGAAGGUGAAAACAUGUCGUUCAAGUCAGGAAUGGAACUGAAGAUCAGAGGUGUCCCAAAACCCAAUCCGGUUCGUUUCACGAUCGAUGUGGGCCACGCUGAGAAUGAUGUUGCGCUGCACUUUGACUUCCGCUUCAAUUAUUAUGGGGAACGCCGUACCAUCGUCAUGAACUCCAAUGAGCAUGAUUGCUGGAAAGAAGAACAAAGAGAGAAAAACUUCCCCUUCGAGGCAGGGCAGGAGUUUGAGAUCACAAUUUCCUUCACCAACGAAAAAUUUUACAUUAAUCUCCAUAAUGGCAAAAUGAUCGAGUUCCCCAACCGUAUGGGUGAUAACCACUAUGAUUACCUUUCAAUGGUUGGAGACGUCAUGGUCAACAGGAUUAUAAUGAAAUAAAGGGCUAGACAUUCCCUUUCUGGGCUGCUGAUUGGAUGCUCUGCUUUCUGCUUCCUGUGAGAAUCAUUCCAGUUUUACUAAUAAAUGUCUAACUUGU